AAAUGGACUAAACCGGACUCCUUCUUCAUAGCAGGCGGCGGCGAGGGCCUGCAGGCAUCGGUAGCGGCGGGAGCAGAAGCCGGAGUUGGAACUCAGACGGUCCAGAGUGGGGGGAUGUCCAGCUCGCCGUUGUCCAAGAAGCGUCGCUUGGGUGAAUCAGAGUCAAAGACGGGUUCAAAUUGCUCCUCUGGAAAAUCCAUACAGACUGAUUUGCGUGAAGCGCCUGCCAACGGUAUGGCCAAGAAUGGAAGUGAAACAGACAUUGAUGAGGGUCUAUACUCAAGGCAGCUAUAUGUAUUGGGCCAUGAGGCAAUGAAACGAAUGCAGAAUGCCAACAUCCUGGUAUCCGGUUUGCGAGGAUUAGGUGUGGAGAUAGCAAAAAACAUCAUCUUGGGCGGAGUUAAAUCAGUCACAAUCCAUGAUCAAGGCAUAGCUGAAUGGUCUGAUCUUUCUUCCCAGUUCUACCUUCGUGAGGAAGAUCUUGGAAAGAACCGUGCUGAAGUAUCUCAACCACGGCUAGCUGAGCUCAACUCCUAUGUACCUGUUACUGCUUACACUGGGCCCCUCAGUGAGGACUUUCUUAAUAACUUCCAGGUAGUUGUGCUCACCAAUUGUCCCUUGGAGGAACAGUUACGUAUUAGUGAUUUCUGUCACAGCCAAAAUAUCAAACUUGUAGUGGCAGAUACAAAGGGACUUUUUGGCCAGCUGUUCUGUGACUUUGGUGAGAACAUGGUUGUGACAGAUACCAAUGGAGAGCAACCACUUAGUGCUAUGGUCUCAAUGGUUACUAAGGGGUGCCCUGGAGAGGUAACCUGUCUAGAUGAGGCUCGGCAUGGUUUUGAAAGCGGAGACUUUGUUUCUUUCUUGGAAGUUGAAGGCAUGAAAGAGCUUAACAGCUGUGAACCGAUGGAAAUCAAAGUAUUGGGCCCCUACACAUUUAGUAUUGGUGACACCUCCAGCUUUUCAGACUAUGUACGUGGCGGCAUUGUUACCCAGGUCAAAAUGCCAAAGAAGAUUAGCUUUAAAUCUCUGCGCGCCUCUCUGCCAGAGCCAGAGUUGGUCAUCACUGACUUUGGCAAGUUUGAUCGGCCAGGCCAGCUGCAUUUGGGAUUUCAGGCUUUGCAUGAGUUUCACAAGAAGCAUGGCCAUUUCCCCAGGCCUCGUAAUCAGGCAGACGCUACUGAGGUGCUAUCUUUAGUGAAGGAUCUCAACGAGCAAGCAAUGCCCCCACUUAAGCAAGAACAGUUGAACGAGGAUAUCAUCAAGGAAAUGGCUUUCCAAGCCUCUGGAGAUCUGGCACCUGUCAAUGCCUUCAUUGGAGGCCUAGCUGCACAAGAGGUUAUGAAGGCCUGUUCUGGCAAAUUCAUGCCUGUCAUCCAGUGGCUGUAUUUUGAUGCACUGGAGUGCUUGCCUGAAGAAAAUAAGGAUACCUUGACUGAGGAAAAUUGCAGUCCUAAACAUUGCCGAUACGAUGGACAGAUUGCUGUGUUUGGCAAUGAAUUACAGAUUAAACUGAGCCAGCAAAAAUACUUUCUGGUUGGUGCUGGUGCCAUUGGCUGUGAAUUGCUGAAGAACUUUGCUAUGAUUGGUCUAGGAUGCGGGCAAGGGGGAGACGUGGCAGUGACUGACAUGGACACCAUUGAGAAGUCCAAUCUCAACCGGCAGUUCCUCUUCCGACCUUGGGAUGUUACGAAAAUGAAAUCUGAUACAGCAGCAGCUGCUGUGAAAGAGAUGAACCCAAGCAUUCACAUCACAAGCCACCAAGAUCGUGUAGGCCCAGACACUGAACGUAUUUAUGAUGACGACUUCUUUGAGAAUCUUGAUGGGGUGGCAAAUGCACUGGACAAUGUAGAUGCAAGGAUGUACAUGGAUCGUCGCUGUGUCUACUACCGCAAGCCCCUGCUGGAAUCAGGGACACUGGGGACCAAAGGGAAUAUCCAGGUGGUGAUCCCAUUCCUAACAGAAUCAUAUAGUUCUAGCCAAGAUCCACCUGAAAAAUCUAUCCCUAUCUGUACACUGAAGAACUUUCCUAACGCUAUCGAGCAUACUCUACAGUGGGCCCGUGAUGAAUUUGAAGGUCUUUUCAAGCAGCCUGCAGAAAAUGUCAACCAGUAUAUCACAGACGCCAAAUUCAUGGAACGGACCCAAAAGCUGCCUGGCACUCAACCUUUAGAAGUUUUGGAAGCUGUAUACAAAAGCUUAGUGACAGACCGUCCUAAAUCCUGGGCAGACUGUGUGGCCUGGGCAUGUAAUCAUUGGCAUACCCAGUAUAGCAACAAUAUUCGUCAAUUGCUGCACAACUUUCCCCCAAAUCAGAAAACUAAUUCAGGAACCCUCUUUUGGUCAGGUCCAAAGCGAUGUCCUCAUCCACUUACUUUUGAUGUCAAAAAUCCUUUGCACAUGGAUUAUGUAGUGGCAGCUGCAAACUUGUUUGCCCAAACAUAUGGCAUCACUGGCACUAGAGACAGAGAAGCUAUUGUGGAACUGCUGUGCCAGGUGCAAGUUCCUGAAUUCACUCCCAAGUCUGGUGUCCGCAUCCAUAUCUCUGAUCAGGAGCUACAGAAUGCCAAUGCUUCAGUUGAUGAUAGCCGAUUAGAAGAGCUAAAAACUUCACUGCCGAGUCCUCAGCAACUUCAUGACUUCAGGAUGUUUCCAGUUGAUUUUGAAAAAGAUGAUGACACAAAUUUCCAUAUGGAUUUUAUUGUUGCUGCUUCUAAUUUAAGAGCCGAAAAUUAUGAUAUUCCUCCUGCUGACCGGCAUAAGAGCAAGCUGAUUGCAGGGAAAAUUAUACCUGCAAUUGCCACGACGACUGCAGCUGUAGUAGGCUUGGUUUGUUUAGAACUAUACAAAAUAAUACAGGGCCACAAGCGACUUGAAUCUUACAAGAAUGGUUUCCUUAACCUGGCAUUGCCUUUCUUUGGCUUCUCUGAGCCUAUUUCUUGCCCAAAGAACAAGUACUAUAAUACUGAGUGGACUUUAUGGGACCGCUUUGAGGUGCAGGGUAUCCAGCCUGAUGGACAGGAGAUGACACUGCGUGAGUUCCUGGCCUAUUUCAAGAAAGAAUACAAGCUGGAGAUAACAAUGCUAUCCCAAGGAGUCUCUAUGCUUUACUCAUUUUUUAUGCAGCCAGCUAAGCUGAAGGAGCGCCACGAUCAGCCGAUGACGGAGAUCGUCACUAGAGUUUCCAAGAAGAAGAUUGGGCGCCAUGUGAAAGCCCUAGUCUUUGAAUUGUGCUGCAAUGAUGACAGUGGCGAAGACACAGAAGUGCCAUAUGUGCGCUACACCAUCCGCUAGCAGUCCCCUUGCUAGCAUUGCCCACUUGCCUGCCACGGACUGUUAGUGUGGAGGAGGAUCUGCCUCCCUCCCUCACCUGUCACGGUUAAAGUGACUCAAAACAUGAAAUAACUUUUGUAAUCUUUUAGGAUUUUUUUUCCUUUUUUGUGUCCAUCAGGGCCUGGGAAAUUUUCCACUCCUGCGGCUGCUCCCUCUUAUCCUUAGCCCGUGCAGUUAUGUCAUGUUAUUGAGGCGCCUUAACAUCCACUUCCCAUUCUGUCCUUUCCUGUUAAUGUUAGUCGUGUUGUGUUUUGACUCCUUGACCACCACCUCUCCUUCAUCCCUAUUACUAGUAAGGGAAGCUGCCUCCUCUCUCAUCCUGAGGAAGCAGCUAGUAACAGGAAAUGCCUCUUUGUUGUAUUCUGAGAACUUGCCCGGGCUGGCUUUGCGGGGGAGAGGGAGAGGAUAUGAAUGGGUAGAAAGUGUAGGUCAGAACUGAUAAGAGAAGUAAAUGAGUCAAUAAACAUUUGCAAAAGCCAGUAGUCCUUUAUUGUUCAAGUGGAAUGGGGAGAGUUGCUAUGUACGUAACAUAAAACCUCAUCCCAGUUCAAAUGCUUGGCAUUCCUAGUAUGCUAGCAAAUUCUUAAUUUAUCUUGAUUUAUAGCAUAAUUUCUCAUUUUUUGAAAGCAAUUUGUUUCCAUGAUAAUCAGGUGUUUAAUGCUAUUGUCUGAAAACUUUCCUCUAAUCCUCUGCUGUGAAAUUUUUGUAUCUUGCUGCUUGCUUGUUUGUGACAUCUGGAAUAAUACAGUGACAACCAUACUGUCUAUCCUUGAACUCCUAAUGAAAUUAGGUGCAUGUGUACAGACUAGCCUGGAAGCAGCUUCACUCCUCUAUGUCCAUACACUGGUUCUAUAUAUUGGCUAAGAUCCUAAUCUAGUCAAUCAUCAUUUAUCAGUUCUUUGUUAUAUGGCUAAUAUGAAGAAGCUGUUCCAUUAUGUUUCUAACUUUUCUUAGAUUGCCAUCCAUUGAAAGAUAGGACUCUAGAGGGAUGAAUGAUUAUAAAGCUCCUUGUUUACAAAGAAAUAUUCUCUCGACUACUUCAGUGAUAAUAGUUUACAAACUUCUGUGAGCUUUAUAGCAUACCUUUAGUCUAGAUUUUGAAUCCAUGAGUUUUGGAUGGGUCGUAAAUAAGGAUUCUCCAUUUUCAGAAACUGGGCAGCAUUUUUAUUUCUACUUUUCUAUAAUAUAUAAACAUACCUGUACUUACGUAGUUUGAUUGGCUGCUAUUGUCUUUUAAAGAUAUUCCUCCA